CAAUAAGAAUCCACAUAAGUCUCGUAAGAUAAUGAUAAUUAAACCAUCCAAAUACGAAACCACUGAAGCGAUUCAAGCCAACAGAAAAUAUUGGGGAAAUGUUUUUGAUAAAUUGGAUACGCCUUUCCAAGAAGAAGAGCAAAAUCAAAAUCAAGACGCCGAGAGCACCUAUUUGGCUGAAGUAUUGCCCGAGAAACUAUAUCGCAAAGUUUGCAGCACAUUGGACUUGCCACUGAAAAAAAAAUAUGCCACAGAAGAAAUCGAGGAUCCGAUAGAAGAGAAGCGUCAUAGUAGGAUCGUGAAGGAACCAGUUUUAUAUUUGAGAAAAACCAUUCGUAUAGAUAGAGAAAUUGACUCCGACACUGAAGUAGAAGUUUCUCCCAGAGUUACCCAAGACGGAGUAAAUGUUCACUGGGAACUUUUAAAAAAGCCCGAACGAGAGCAAGUGACAUGGCCGACGCACUACCUUCAACCGGAGCGGGAGGAAGAAAAAACCCUCGUCCGGAAAGCCGAUGACCUCACAGACCGGAUUGUGCAUGAGUUUUGUGAGUAUAUGACACAAUUGGGAGGAAACCAACAAUCGCAACUGUUUAAACCGAAGGCUAUAAAGGAACUCUUUCAGAUUGAAUUUGACACGCACGUAGCUCGCAGUCUUCAAGUAAUUCCAAAAGAGUUGCCAUCUGUAGAGGAAAAAAUUGCAGAAGUAACUGGGAACCCCGAGCUAUCGCAAUAUGCAGUAUUGGAGAGGGAAGUGACAAGGGACAUCAAAGCGGAGCGUCGCCCUGACAUCUUGCAAGCCUUCAACCGAUCACUCCCGCACCGCGAGCAAAUACACGCUCCUCAUAAUCAAACCAAGAGUAUGUGGCGGUCAGCUCGCCACGUGCCUAAAGACCUCGUCUCACUAAAAACAGUGUGGGAAGGCAUCACUAACCUCAGGAGCGUUAAAGAGUAUUGCCGCUGGAUGAUUGAUCAUCCAGAGUAUAAGCGAGCCCCUUACCUGAGCAGUCUUGGCAUGUUCGACUCUGCCGUGCUAGAAGCCAGGCUCACCCUGGAAUCACUCCAAAGAAUGGCGUCUCCUGCGGUGGCAAUUAAUUCCCCCAGUUCUAAUGUAUCAGCACCAAUAGAACACAUCCGAAGAAGGCUUUCGCAGUUGGCUGAUAUGGAAUAAAUAAGUACCUG